CUGGCAAAGAGCAUUGGGAAACAGAGCCUUCGCUCCUCUCCUCACGGCCGGAGCCCGUGGGCACAGGCACACUGCAGUCCUCUCUCUCUCACAGGGGCUGCUGAGCUGUCAUGGGGAACACUACCAGCGAGCGAGUGUCUGGGGAGCGCCAUGGCUCCAAGUCCCACCGCUCGGAUGGUUCCAGUGCCUCCCACCACGCCAAGGAGCACCCGCACAAGAUCAUGGUGGGCAGCACCGAUGACCCCAGUGUUUUCAGCUCCCACGACUCCAAGAUUCCUGGGGACAAGGAGUUUGUGUCAUGGCAGCCAGAUCUGGAGGAGUCAGUGAAACCAUCCCAACAGGCUCGUCCCACUGUCAUCCGCUGGGCCGAUGGAGGCAAAGAGGUCUUCAUCUCCGGAUCUUUCAACAACUGGAGCACCAAGAUCCCGCUCAUCAAGAGCCACAAUGACUUUGUUGCUAUCCUGGACCUCCCAGAAGGAGAGCACCAAUACAAAUUUUUUGUGGACGGCCAGUGGGUCCAUGACCCAUCUGAGCCUGUGGUCACCAGCCAGAUGGGGACGAUUAACAACCUGAUUCACGUCAAAAAGUCUGACUUUGAGGUGUUCGAUGCUUUGAAGGUGGAUUCCCUGGAGAGCUCAGAAACCUCAGGUCGGGACUUAUCAAGCUCACCACCUGGUCCUUACAGCCAAGAGAUGUACGUAUACCGGCCCGAGGAGCGCUUCAAAUCCCCACCCAUCCUCCCGCCUCACCUCCUCCAGGUCAUCCUCAACAAGGACACCAAUAUCUCGUGUGACCCAGCGCUGCUGCCCGAACCCAACCACGUCAUGCUCAAUCACCUCUAUGCGCUCUCCAUCAAGGACGGCGUGAUGGUGCUCAGUGCCACGCAUCGCUACAAGAAGAAGUACGUCACCACGCUGCUGUACAAGCCCAUCUGA